GAAGAAGUAAAAGCGGAAGUGUCUCCUGUUAGCAGAGCUGUAGUUUAUUUCUGUUCUCUGAUUCUUCCGCCUUCUUCAGCUGUCAUUCUCCACAAACCGCCUCGGGCUCUCCGUUAACCGUCAUGGCUUCCAGGAAACGAGUCCUCUCCGGUGAUAACGGCGCCCAGAACGCAGCACCGAGUGGCUCCAAGCGGCCCCGGUUACCGGAGGGGAAGAGACACGUCGUCGCCCUGAUCCUGGCCCGGGGAGGCAGCAAGGGAAUCCCCCUGAAGAACAUCAAGAUGCUGGCCGGAGUCCCGCUCAUCGGAUGGGUGCUGCGGGCCGCCGUAGACUCCGAGAUGUUCGACAGUGUUUGGGUGUCGACAGACCACGACCAGAUCGAGAAAGUGGCCAAGUCCUGGGGGGCCAGAGUUCACCGGCGGAGCGCUGAAGUCUCCAGAGAUUCUUCCACGUCUCUGGAAACCAUCCAGGAGUUUGUGACGCUGAAUCCAGAGGUGGACGUGAUCUGCAACAUCCAGGCCACGUCUCCGUGUCUCCACCCGUUCCACCUGAAGGGGGCGCUGGAGAUGAUGACGCUGCAGGGCUUCGACUCGGUCUUCUCUGUGGUCCGCAGGCACCAGUUCCGCUGGCAGGAGGUCAAGAAGGGAUCACGGAAGCUGACGGAGCCGCUGAACCUGGACCCGGCGAAGCGUCCUCGGCGUCAGGACUGGGAUGGAGAACUGUGUGAGAACGGAUCCUUCUACUUCACCACCAGCCAGCUGGUGAAGGAGGGGAUUCUGCAGGGAGGAAAAGUGUCCUACUACGAGAUGCUGCCUCAGUACAGCGUGGACAUCGAUGUGGACAUCGACUGGCCGGUAGCAGAGCAGAGAGUCCUCAGGUACGGUUAUUUUGGUCGGGACACUCCGGAGGUGGUCCGUCUGAUGUUCUGUAACGUCUCCGGGUGUUUAACAGAAGGACGGAUCUUUCUGUCUGUAUCUGGGGAGGACAUGGUUUCCAUCAACACCAAGGACACAGCAGGCAUCCGGAUGCUGCAGAGAGAAGACGUGGAGGUGGUUCUGCUGACCUCCAGCGAGGACCCGGUGAGCCAAUCACUGGCCGACAAACUGGCCACGAGGACGGGCUGCCAGGUGCUGCAGGUGGGGGCGGAGCCUCUGGAUGACUUGCAGCCAAUCCUGAAGGAGAAGAACCUGGAAUGGAAAGAUGUGGCGUACAUCGGUAACGGCCAGGCAGACGUCAGGUGUCUCAACCUGGCCGGUUUGAGCGCCGUUCCCGGAGACGCUCCGGUCGUCGCCAUCAACGCCGCCAAGUACACCUGCCACGAACGGGGAGGACUGGGAGCCGUGAAGGAGUUCUGUGAACACAUCCUGCUGCAGAAGCAGAAGGCCAAGUCCCAGAUGGAGCAGGAACACAUCGACCGCAGCAGCUUCUAAAUACAACUGAAGAGUGAGUUUCAGCAGUGAAACAACACAGAGAGAUUAGUUUGAUCAAGUCUACAAUCAUUUACUGAUCUGGGGUCAGAUUCUAUCGACUGUUUUUCACCGAUUAACCUCAACAGAAGGAGUUUAGGUGAAACUAUGCAGGUUACAACUGAGUCAGAGGCUUAAAAACUGGUUUGUUAAAGAGCAAAGUGACACGAAAUAUAGAUAAAAACACCACAACCAAGAGCAGAGUUAGAUCAGCAGAAACCUGAAGUUCUUUCUAACUGCUGUUGUUGGUCUGAACACUGUGGACGUCUGAUUUUCAGCUGUUUGCUGUAUGUUUUCCACAAAGACAGAAGGCCAGAUUCAACUUAAUUGUCUCAUCAAACUGGUUCUCUGUUCUGACCAACCACCUAUCACACAUGCUGAUAUGAGGCUUCAAAGUUUACCCAGAAUGCACUUUCUAAAAAGACUGAAACUUCUCCAAAGUGACUUAAGAUUUGUCCAGAAUGACCUAAAACCUGUCAAAGCUGACCAAACUUUGCCCAAAUUUGUUCAGAAUUACUCUAAAUUUGUCUAACAUGACAAAAACAUCUCAAAAAAUGAUGCAAAAUUUGUCCAAAAUGACAAAAAAAACUCUAAAAUGACUAAAAAUGUGUCCACAAUUAUCAAAAAGUUCUUUAAAAUGACUCAAAUGAAGAGGAGUCUUCAAGAAAAUAUAUAUGUUGGAAAAUCAUUUCAAGUUUUCCUUCAACCAAAUUUUUGCAAGAUGACCAAAAAAAUUUGUCCAAAAUGACUUAAUUCCUGUCUAAAAAUACAAAAACUUCUCCAAAGAGACUCAAAAUUUGUCCAAAAUGACCCAAAACCUGUCCAGGCUGACUAAACUUUCAUCCAGAUUCCUCCAAAGUGACUCAAAAUUUGUCUAACAUGACAAAAACGUCUCAAAAAAUCAUUCAGUUCUUGUCUAAAAUUACUAAAUAAUUUAUCCAAAAUAUCAAAAAGUCUCUGAAAUGACUCAAAUGAAGAGGAGUCUUCAAGAAAAUGUACAUAAUGGAACAUUUUUGAAGUUUUCCUUCAACCAAAUUUGUCCAAAAUGACCCAACUCUUGUCUAAAAAGACAAAAACUUCUCUAAAGUGACUCAAAAAUUGUCCAAAAUGACUCCAAACCAGAGAAAAUGAAUCAUCUACAAGAAAAUAUUCACAGUAUGAAGGUAAAACUUUACUUCAUUAAAUAAAGAAUCUGGUUGGUUUUUCAAAGAAUGACUCAUGCAUUGUUAUUAGAAAUACACAUUUUUGGUAUUUAAAUUUAUUUUUUCCUAUAUUUGAUGUGAAUCUUUUUCUUUUUCACAUCUGGAUUGGGGUUUAUUUCCAACACUGGCUGGGAAUCAAAGCAGGGAUUUCUCCAGGUGAAGCCUUUUUUAACCAAAAUAGAUUCAAAAGGACAAUUUACGAUAGAAACCAGGUCCACUAGAAGGAACCAGGAAAAGUAUUGAUGGAAAUUAUGUCAAAUAAUUGUGGUUUAUGUCAGGAAAACAAACAGAAUCUUCUCUUUAUUCUAAUGAAAUUCAUAUAUUUUUCUUAGUUGCUCCCCUGAUUUUUGUGAAAGUUUGAGUUUACAGACAUUUAAUGAAGCUACACCCUGUUAGCUUGGCUUAGCUUAGCCUAGCUUAACUUAGCAUGAAGCCUUUAAACAGCUGUGAAACGAAGGCAUUGAUGUUCUUUUUUUUUUUUAACUUAUUUUUGAUGCAUAUUGCUACUCCUGAGCUCUGUUUCGAUGUCAGAAACUGUCCUUUUGUUUUCUCAUUGGAACAAUAUUUCAUUUGUAUUAUUUUAUUUGUUCAACUCAAAACAGUCGCAGCUUUAGUGACGUUUGUUUUAUGGUAAUUUAUAAAUUCACAUCUGUUUACAAUCCCAUUGAUGGUAUCUCAUGUGUUCCGUCACACGUUUUAAACAGAAUAUUAAACUAAAACUUUCCCAAAUCAAACCAAGUUUCUUCUCAGCUAACUGUUCCAUUCGUUUCCAGUCUUUAUACUAAGCUAAGCUAACCAUCCAGGCCUCGAGUAGUCACCACUUUCUUUCUUUAUUUCAGCUGCAGUGAUAAACAAUCCUCCAUAUGAUGUUCACAGUUGAAUUAGCAGCAGUAAUCGCCUGUAUUUCUUCUAUUUAUUGAUGAUUUUGAUGUGUUCUGCUUUCAUUUCUACCAUCUGAUCUUUUUUUCUCAGAAGUGCCUUUUUUUGCUGGAUUGUCUUUUAAUGUGAUUUUUAAUUUCGCUCGUUUGAUUUAAAAGUUGGUUUUGUUGUGUGAAUAAUUUUCAAUGAAGUUGUCCUUUCAAA